UCAAAGCGGCGCCGGCGGCGGAAGCGGCGGUUGGUGCGGCCUGAGGGGCUCCGCCGGGCGCGGGACUCGCUGAGGGGAGUUACGGGCCAUGAAGGACCGUGCCGGGAUGGGGCUCCCCUCCGAGCAGCAGCGCCGGGGAGCCGGGCAGCCCCCGCGGAGGCAGCAGCCGGGGGGCCCGCAGCGCAGACGGCGAGCACUGGCCGAGAGGAGCCCGAGCGUGGCGCCCGGGACCGUCUGGGUGGAGAGUGCGCCCGGCCAGCAGAGCCCGGCCUUCGCUUCAGCACUGCGGGUGGAGGAGGAGCUGAAGGAGCAGCAGCAGAAGAAGGCAGCCAGCCUGAGGAGAUUCCAGGACGAGGUGAGGCAGCGGGUGAACCAGCAGGUCAGGCUGCGCCAGAGGCUGGAGCUGCAGAAGGCCUAUGAAGCAGUGGAGAGGGAGAGCUGUGCUGCUGUGCAGUACUCCACCUCGUGGAAGAACACGUGCCUGUUGCAGAGUCUCCCUGCUCCCAUCAUCUGUGCACCCAGCGCUGGCUCUGGCCCAGCCCAGCCAGAAGAGGAGCAUGAGGAGCCAUUCCAGCAGCGAGCUGCCAAGCUCAGCAGGGCUGUGCAGCAGGUGCGGCGCAGGCUGGCCUCCCGCAGGAUCGUGUCCUCCAGGAUCGUGUCCCCCGGCGCCUGGAGGCAGGAGGAACCAGACCCUUGCCCUGCAGCUGCAGUGCCCAUGGAGGAGAGUGAGGAGCUGCUGCUGGCAGGACAACACGAUCUGCCUGCUGAGCUGCUGGAGCAGGGCACAGCUGCACAUGGCACUGGGCAGGAUGAUGGCUUCUACAUCAAAAUUGAGUUUGAAAAAGUCUGUGAUGGGUCGGUGAAGAUCUCCAGCCUCCCUGGGCCUCCUGGGAGGCCACAAAGUGAAUUCCAACCUCCCCUCAAACUCUGGGCUGGUGUUGACCAAGAGGAAACCAGGAAGCAGCGGCAGAGCGAGUUCCUGCGGCGCCGGCGCCUCUUCAUGGCCCUGGAGCGGGAGCGAGUGAGGGAACACCAGUGGCAGCAGAAGAGGCAGCAGAGAGUUGCCCAGAUUAAGAGGCAGAAGGAGAAUCAGCGCCGGGCAGAGGAGCAGAAGAUGCGAGACAUGGCUGAGCAUGGAGAGCCCUCCCCAGGAGAGGGAACCUGGGAAGCCCUGGCCCAGCUCCAGCUGGAGGAGAGCAGAGUGAGGGACAGACAGCAGCGGAAUAAGGAGCGCGCGAGGUAUGUUGAAGCUCUGAGAGCCCAGAUGAAGGAGAAAGUCAAACUCUGUAACAUCGACUUGCCCCCACUGUGUUCCUGUGGGUCUGAUUUCUGGGAUUCCCACCCGGAUACCUGUGCAAAUAACUGCAUCUUCUACAGAAAUCACAAAGCCUACAGCCAGGCGCUGCACUCGGCCAUCUCCUCCUGUGCAGCCACACGGUGUCUGCAGGACUUGGCUGCUCUCUGCGCUCGCUCGGGGAAGCGUCUGUGACGAGGCAGCUCCGUGUCCCAGCGACUGGGGUCAGCAGGGAGUGGGGCUGUGCCGUGUCCUGCCUGCCCUCCACGCCAGCUGCCAGGACGGUGUCACCUUUGCUCUCCCGCUCUGUGUGCUCCCGUUUGUGCCGUGCCUCUCCCACUCUGCCCCAGGUGUGCAGCUGGCCGGGGCGAUGGUCGAGGUGAAGGAGGCAAUUGCUCUGUGGGGUUGGUUUAUGGCAGGUACUUGCAUUCCAGUAGCUGACUAUUGACUACAUAUUCUUAUUGACAAAUCAUUAUUGUGGAAUAAACUGCUUUCAAGUA